AUGAGAGAAAAAGAGAAAGAUGAACAAAACGGGGUCGAGAAUCAAACUGAUCGAGUAAUUAAAGACACAUCGAAAAGUAAGGAUUGGGCUGCGGCUGACCUUGAAAAGGUCACUGAUUUCAAUGAAGACAAUGAUAUCGGUAGAGAAGUAUCGAAUGAAAAACUUGACAGUUUGAUCAGUGGACCUAGUCGACUUCUAAUGAAAACUGGGGAAGUUGUCAAUGUGAGGAAAGAGGACGUACUGCUUAUCAUGGAUGAAUUGGAACUACCAAGAAUUCAAGCGGAGAAAAAAUUGAUUGAGCAUAAUGGCGACAUCAUAGCAGCAGCAAAGGACCUUCUUAGCUUCUAA